AUGCAAUCUCGACUGUCGAUCAAAAAUGCUGCUGACGUCGGCUUGCAAUUGCCGCCGCUCCUUGUUACCACCAACAAUGACGUCGACACCAAUUCCCGCUCUCUUUCUUUCUUGCUCAACUCUCUAGGCUCACAGUGGACCAGUUUUGUGCUAGUCGCCAUACUCGUUGCACCUAUUUAUCAUUUUCGAGGCUACUUCCAUGUUAUGGACAUCGAUGAACCUGACACACUCUCUGCUGCUACUGAUCCACCACCCUCUUCACCACCCUCUUCUCCAGGCAUCCUUUCAAAUUUCUCAUCGGACAUUGAGCUUGUUGACCUCGGCAGUGAAGAAUUUCGCAUACGCCGUCCACCGGGACCACAACCUGCUCAUACAAUUGCACUUCCGGUAUACAACCACGACGUUUUUGAAGUUGAAUAUGUCAAUAUUCUUAUUGCAGGCGCAAGACGUUCUCACCGUGGCAUCCGGGACAACAAACUCACCGCAGCUUCCACCAAGGAGACAACAAGUAUCUUGGCGCCGACAAAAAAGCCGAAGAAGCUCAAAGGCUCAGCUUUACGAAGGAUCACAAUGAUGGGUUUGAAUUCAGAUGGUACAAGUAAUUCCCCUGUGCAACGUUCAAAGGAUAUGCGCACGCUGGCUGAGCAAGAAGCACUUUUACGAUGGGCUGACGAGUAUUAUGCUGCUCAUCCUUAUGUUCUGCACGAGGAUGUUCUGAAGGAGCUCAAGGCUGAGAGCGAUGCUCAAGUGAAUUCCCCGGCCCUAAUCACUGAGUACAUGCAUUCGACGCAUGAACAAAUUACGGGGCUCUCAUCCAUUGUAGGCACAGUUGUCAACAUGCUUGCUCAAAGUAUGCCUGCUUUAGCCCCGCUCGAACCCCAGAUUGCAUCCAUCCCUCCAUUAUCUGCCGUUACGCCCCAUCCACCUCCAUCUCUGCCCCCAUUUGCCUUCACAUUUGCGCCUCUGCCGACACUUGCACAUCGACCUACAUCCGCAGCAUUGGCAUCUGCACCUGCACCUGCACCUGUACCUAUGCCUGCGUUGACAUCCAUGCCUACACCUACACCUGUGCCUGCAGCUCCGCCUACAUCCGCGUCCGUAUUCGUGCCUCCGUUUACACCCAUGCCUGCAGCUCUGCCUACGUCUGCGCCAGUGUUUGUGCCUCCGUUUACAUCUACAUCUACAUCUACAUCUGCAACGGUGUCUGCGCCUCCAUUUACAUCCACGCCUGCACCUCUGCCUCUGUCUGCAUCAGUGUUCACGCCUCUGUUUACAUCUACACCUGCACCUACACCUGCACCUCUGCCUAUAUCCGCGUCAUCUGCGUCAGUGUUUGCGCAUGCACCUGCACCUCCCUCGACAUUUACCUCAAUCCCAUUGCCUCCGUCGUACAAACCAUUGUCCAAUACAAGUCUGACACUCACAACAAAUAAUGCAGAUCUGUCGGGUAACGACGUGAUAAUGAGUGAUUCGUCGGCUCUCCCAUCAAAGCUCCGGAAAGCCCAUAAAAGCAUUGGAGAUAAAACAUUUGAACUUAUUCUUGCUAAUCACCAGUGA